GGAGACGCGCCGUGCCCGGGGAGAAGGCGCUGGAGGCGGGGAGGUGAACAGCUCAGUCCUCGGUGGAUGAGACGGGCAUGGAGAUGCUGCGCCGCUCCUCUGUGUUCGCGGCCGAAGUGUUUGACCGCUCACCCACCGAUAAGGAGAUGGUGUCCCAAGCUAAAGCACUGUGCAGGGACUAUAUCCACUCCAGACUGAACCGUGCCGGGAUAGGCUGGUCUAAGCCUGAGCACGGACUGGCUGCAUCAGGUGGGACGCUUGGGGAGGUUUCGUCGGUGCUGCUCUGGCUGGGCGAUGAGUUGGAGUACCUUCGCCCCAACGUCUACCGCAAUGUGGCACGACAGCUCAACAUCACAGUGGCGUCGGAGAGCGUGGUGUCAGACGCUUUCUUGGCCGUGGCUGCAGAUAUUUUCUCCACAGGUGUGACAUGGGGAAAGGUGGUGUCUUUGUACGCUGUGGCAGGAGCCCUGGCAGUUGACUGUGUGCGUCACGGUCACCCAGCGAUGGUCCAUACCAUCGUCGACUGCAUGGGGGAGUUUGUCCGCAAGAGUCUGACCUCCUGGUUAAAAAGGAGAGGGGGCUGGGUGGAUGUAACUAAAUGCGUGGUGAACACUGACCCCAGCUUCCGAUCCCAUUGGCUGGUGUCUUCCGUCUGCGCGUUCGGACACUACCUGAAGGCCAUUGUGUUGUAUCUCCUCAGGGAGAAAUGAAAGACAAAAGUCGCACACUGGAUUAUGAGCUAUGAGCGAACUGACGAGCACCAUUUCAAAAACAAAAAGAAGAAAAGAAAAAAAAGAAGAGCAUCCACCACUUUGGAUUAUGUUUACACUCAUUUGCACUGAGCCUUCUUUGAUGAACACCCCCCUGCACAGAACUCCUUCUGCUUCCUCUGCAAGAUUCUAUUUAUUGUUAAUGGUUAUAUUAUGGCACACGUUUGAUGUGAAUUUUUAAAAUCACCCAUUGUAAAUGUUUUUAGCUUUAAUAUAUUUUUUUUAGUUUUCCACAUACAGCAGAAUGUCUCAUUUUGCUGCCUGGUUAGCAGUGGUUUGGCUGCCCCUAGUGGUUGAAAAUAAUCAUUAUUUUCACAUGUAAAUUAAGGAUAUUUCUUGGAGUCCUUAGAUUGUUCAUGAGGACUUGUUCUUGUGUCUCAGCCUUUCACAUGGUACAUGCUUGAUAAAUGCAGAAUACAAAAUAGUUUCUUCUUACGAAGAGACUGUACAAAAAUUAUUAGAGAAAAGGGGAGGGGUUUAUGAUUUGUUUUCUCUUUGCUAAAGGGAGGCUAGUCUUAGUUGUUUUUUCAGAGGAAAGAACUUUUUUUUAUUUUAGAUCUUCAGCUUUAUUUUCCCCAUCACAAUUAACUAAUCACUAGCCAUUUAGUGGCUGUAGUAAAUUCAGUAUUCAGCAUUUUUAUUAAAAAAUGAAAUAUUCACCAUUUUGUUAUAUUUGCCACAAUUCUGUUAACUGCUAAUUCCACAUAUUAGUAGCUAUUCAAAUAUGAUAAACUAGUUAGUUUGCAGAUUCAGCUUCACCAUCUUAAAUUCCUCCUGUUCUCUUAGUUAUUAAAGGUGAAACCAGUUCCACUCAUAUUAUUAGGAGAUAUCAGGGGGAAUGUUUUUUUUUCAGUCAUGGGGAAGGUUUAAAAGGAAAUAUUAAUGAUGCUAGGGAGGGUUUUGCAUUUUAGAUUAAUCAUUUCUCAGUCUGAUACUUUUUAUACAGUCCCUAAUAAGUCUCAUACAUUUCUAACUUUAAAAAAACAAGACCCUCUCCACCAUAAUUAAUAUUAAAAGUUUAAAAACUGUAAGAUUCUAAUGAGUCUGUUUGUUGAAUUAAACCUACAAGUACUACAAAUAUGAAUUUCAGAAAGCACGAUACACUUAAUGCAACUUUAACUUUGUGUAUUCAUUGUUCACUGUAAGGCAGUGUAUUAUAUUGCUGUAAUGUAAUAGCAGUAAUGCAAGUAAUUGUAUCUUUUCUCUGAGUUUGAGCACUUUGAUAGCAUUUCAAUCUAUAAGUAGAAUUUAUUCUAUGAAUAAUUUCACUUUUAUAUGGCAUGUAGCACUAGGAGUGCUAGAAAAUAUGCAAAUGUAAAAAGUCAUCUACAACAUAUGUUAAUAAGUCUUUAAUAAAUGGUUCUUAUAAUAAUAUAUCAAGUGUGCACUUAUAAAUGUUAAUAUGUUGUUAAUAAACUGAUUUUGCUCUGCAGCACUUCUCAAGAAGGUAAGUGUUCCAGUGGUAUUUCUUAUGAAUGAUGAAUUCAAGAGCUUU